AUGACAUCAUUAAGCAUCGACUGUAUAUCUCACACAGCGCAACCCCUCCCGAGCAUGCCUGUGCUCAUGGAUGUUACGAACGCUGACAUGAUCGACGGGAGAAUCUACGUGAUUGGGUUUGCGUAUAUUAGGGAUUUGCAGUCGUACAAGGAGAUGUACUUUAGGGAUCGUAAGAAGAGCUUUUUUUACGAGCCAAAGGGAAGUAAAUGGGAAAAGGAAGAGAUGGUGAAUGCUAAAAAGUGGGAGAAUGCUUGUGUGGUUGAUGAUGUUUUGUACUAUUACGAUAACGUGAAGAACAAGUUAAGAGCGUAUGACUCAGAGAAGAAGUGUUGGGGAGUGGUGCAUGGUGUGGAAGAAUUUUUGGCUAAGAAGAGAGUUGAUGGGUGGUGGGAGACUGUGAGUUACGGUGGGAAACUUGUUUUGUUCCAUUCUGAAGUAAAACACGUUGGAGUGACUUAUUUUGCGGAGAUUUCCUUGGAAAGAAAUCAACAAAGGGAGAUUUGGGGUAAAGUUGAGUGGUGUGAUAAGGUUGUGAUUGCUGAGAGUGUUCAUAUUUUGAAAUUUCUAGCUGUUAUAUUGUGA